CGGGUUUCGCCAUAUAUCGCGUUACGCAUGCGCACUUAGUCACUGUGGUUCGACCUCUGCAGUCGAGAGACCCGGGCUUCAACCAGACUUGAAAACUACCUGAAGUAGAAAAUGUACGCCUGUGCAAAGUUCGUUUCCUCGCCGGCACUGGUCCGUGCUGGCUCCCGGGUUCUUUACAGACCCCUGUCUGUCUCUGUGCUGUCCAGGCCUGAUGUGAAAUCAGAGAGCACUGUUGCCGUGAUGCCACAUGGCCCCCUGACUCAGGUCACAUUGAGGGGCUUCCAGACAAGCGCGGUGAGCCGGGACAUCGACACCGCAGCCAAGUUUAUCGGCGCCGGAGCCGCCACAGUCGGCGUAGCUGGAUCCGGUGCUGGAAUCGGGACUGUGUUCGGGAGUCUGAUUAUUGGCUACGCUAGGAACCCAUCCCUGAAGCAGCAGCUGUUUUCCUAUGCCAUCCUGGGAUUUGCUCUGUCUGAAGCCAUGGGACUGUUCUGUUUGAUGGUUGCUUUCCUGAUCCUGUUUGCUAUGUAAAACUCUGCUGUCCAACUUUCACUACACUUUGUGGCUUCCCAAAUUUGUUCCGUGUUGGUGUCAAAGAAAAUGUACAUUUUCAAGUCGUUCAGAGACUGUCAAAAUGAGCAAAAACAUGUAUUGUACAAAUGUAAGAAAUUACGUGAUUAAAAUACAUGUAUUUGACUAUUUAACAAUGUAAUGUCUGGAAUAGUUUUAAAACCAAAAGCGGCUUUUUUCUAAAUGUCAUCUAUUCUGUGAUUAGCUGCAAAAAGUCUUGCUUUCUCAUGGAGAUCUCAUGGAAGCUUUUUGGGUCCACCUCCAUAAGUCAUUGGUUGAGCUGCAGUUUAUUAGUUCUGCUCUUAGGCAGCAGGUGAGUGUGGCUUUUGUAAAUGGCACUGAAUAAAUUAAAACGUUUAAAAGGA